GAUUGUGGUGUGUGGUGGCGUGAGAGUUGUCGAACGAGUUGCUUCUGAUAAAUUUACUCUGGUUUUUGAUCAAAUCUAAUACACACCUAGACAAUUAUUAUGUGUGACACGUAUAGACAAUUAAAGGAAUAAAUUGCAUUUUGCAAUCAAAUACCUUUAAUUUUAAUUUGCAGUUGAUUAUGUUUGUGAUGAACGUCAUUUGCGUGUUCUGAAGUGAAUUUUAUUAAUGGUCUAUGCUUUGAGUCUAUGGUUGCUACGCUCCGUUUGACGCAGUGAGUGAUCCGUACCCUUAGCGAACUUAUAUGGGACAAAGCCCGUUCACUGCAUUCAGUUCAACCGCGUAAAAUUUAGCAAGUUUGUCAAGGAACGUCAAACAAAAUGGAUUCGACCGAGCCCUCUGGCUACCCCCGAGUAAAAUGUCCGCUUCGGGGACUUUUUAACUAAUUUAUUAACCCCUAACUGAUCGAAAAAUUCAGGUACAUGCAACCAUGGAUCAAAGCAACACACACAAUAAACUGCCUUAAGUUUACGGUAGCUUUUCUACAUAUUAGUGUUAGUGUACGGACAUGCAAGUGUAGUGUGAGUGCAGAAUGUCGGACGACGAGGACUCCUCACCGGACUGGGCGCUGGUGCCCUCUAACAAUGUGCCAAUCCUGGGCAUCAAGCGUCUCAAGCAGAUCGAGACAUUGUUCCUCGCGCGGCGUCUCCAAGGCCACGCGGGCCUCAGUGUGGAGACGCUCCUCGACGUUUUACUCGUGUUGUACGACGAAUGCUGCGGCAGCAGUCUGAGAAGAGAGAAGGCUGUAGCGGACUUCAUACAACACGUGAAGCCAGUAGCAACAGCCCUCAAACGGCUGCGACUGUCGCGCGAUGACUUCGAGCUGGUGAAGGUGAUCGGGCGAGGCGCCUUCGGAGAGGUGUGCGUCGUCAGGGCGUCGUUUAUGCAGGGCACAGAUGCAGGCGCCAACACAGUGCCCGGUGGAACUGUUUCAACUACGACGGGUGAACGGGUCUAUGCCAUGAAGAUACUUAACAAAUGGGAGAUGCUUAAGCGCGCGGAGACGGCAUGUUUUCAAGAGGAACGCGAUGUGCUCGUGUACGGCGACCGACGGUGGAUCACCAACCUUCAUUACGCCUUCCAGGACGAACACAAUUUGUACCUGGUAAUGGACUACUACUGCGGCGGCGACCUGCUGACGCUGCUGUCCAAGUUUGAAGACCGCCUCCCCGAGGACAUGGCCCGCUUCUACAUCGCGGAGAUGGUGCUCGCUGUCCAGAGCGUUCAUGAACUCAGAUACGUGCACAGAGACAUCAAGCCGGACAAUGUCUUGUUGGACGCGAGCGGCCACAUCAGACUCGCUGAUUUCGGCUCGUGCCUUCGACUCGGAGACGACGGGAAGGUGCAAAGUAAUGUUGCAGUAGGAACUCCUGAUUACAUAUCGCCAGAGAUUCUUAGGGCGAUGGAGGAUGGCCAGGGCCGCUAUGGUCCUGAAUGUGAUUGGUGGUCGCUAGGCGUGUGUAUGUACGAGAUGUUGUUCGGAGAGACGCCGUUCUACGCAGAGUCUCUCGUGGAAACAUACGGCAAGAUCAUGAACCAUGCUCGUUCUUUUAGCUGUCCACCGCCUCUAGAACAUGCCAAACAGGUGUCAGACGAAGCGACAGACCUAAUUCGGAAGUUAAUAUGUGCCGCGGACCAACGGCUAGGAAAGAAUGGCUUGCAAGAUUUCAAGAACCACGGGUGGUUUGCUGGGUUAGAAUGGGAGGCGCUCCGCGAGAUGCAAGCACCAUUCGUUCCCGACGUAGCCAGUCCUACAGAUACCUCCAAUUUUGACGUGGAUGACACCGAUAUCAGACUAUCAGAAGCGGUGCCACCUCCAUCAGCGUCUUCAGCGUUCUCGGGCCUGCACCUGCCGUUCGUGGGCUUCACGUUCACGGCGGGCAGUCGGCUCUCGGACCUGGGGGCUCCCGCUACACCGCUCAGCCCCGCCAAGAACGCGCCCAGCCAGGCUCCGUCAAACGCUGGCGACAGAGCGGCGCUGAAAGCCCUCGAGCGAGAAAACGCACUCCUCGCACAAACCAUCGCCGAGUUGAGGUCCGGAGGACAACCUCUGGACGUUGGGAGUGAGGAAACAAUCACAUUGAAAGAGGAGCUCGCUGCACUGUCGAAGAGGAACGCGGAGUUGGAGGCGCAAGUGCGGUGCUGCGAGCAGCUCGGCGGAGCGGUGGCGCAGGAUCCAUUGGCGCCUCAAGAUCUAGUAACGAGGGUACGGGAAUUGGAGAUGAUAGUCACGACCCUCAACCUUGAGAAGGAGGAGCUUAUCAAGGACAAAGUGGACUCCACUGAGAAGUUGAGGUUACAGGAUAAAGAGCUGAAAGAUGCCGUGGCGCAGCGGAAAUUAGCAAUGACGGAAUACAACGAAGUGACGGACCGCCUGUCGGAGUUACGGCAACAGAAGCAAAAGCUGUCGCGACAGGUUCGCGACAAAGAAGAAGAGCUGGAAGUCGCCAUGCAGAAGAUAGAUGCGUUGAGACAGGACAUCCGGCGCUCGGACAAGGGCCGGCGGGAGCUGGAGGCGCGGCUCGACACCGCCAUCUCGGAGGCUACUAAAGAGCGUAAAUUGCGUGAAGAAACCCUCCGGUCGGUGCGAGUGGAGGCGACGGCGGCCGGCGCGCCCGGCGCGGGCCCGGGCUCGGCCGCGGCCGACGUGGCGCGCCUGCAGGCCGAGGUGGACGCGCUGGAAUUGCAAUAUAAAGAGUCGCUCGCGCAACAACAGCAGCGGUACAACGCGGAACUGGCGUCGCUUAGAGAACAACUGCACGAAGGAGAUGCCGUCAGGAGCGUGCUCAAUAGAGAGUUACAAACAUCGAAGGAUAAACUGGAGAGCCGACGGUUAGAGCAGAUGAACGACAGCGAAGACAGGCAGAUGCUGAUUAACGAGAACAGGAAACUCGCCAAGGAUCUGGAUGCGAUGGCAGAAAAUGGUCGCCGGUGGCAGGCGGAGCGGAGGCAGUUGGAGCUGGAGUUAGACGAGCUCCGAGCCAAGCGGGACACCAUGCAGCACUGGGAGACACAGAUAGCGGACAUAAUUCGGUGGGUGGCAGACGAGAAGGAAGCGCGAGGUUACUUACAAGCCCUUGCAACGAAGAUGACCGAGGAACUGGAGUAUCUCAAGAUCGCGUCAGCUUCGCGCGGCAGCAUCGCGGCGCCCGCGUCCCCGCCGGCCGCGCCCGGCGCCCCCGGCGGCUGGCGCAACCGCCGCUCACAGAAACUCGACAAGAUGGAGAUCCUCACGCUGCAGUCCAGCCUGCACUCCGAGAUACAGGCCAAGCAGCAGGUCGGCGAGGAGCUCAGCAGGACCAGGGCGGAGCUGCUGCAUAGCCAGAGGGAGCUGCUAGAAACCCGACAGCGGCUAGACUCACUCGCGCACGAUAUGAAGCGAAAAGAGCAGCACAUUCGGGAGAUGCAGACCCGGCUCGACGCGCCGCACCAGCCCAACAAUUCCUCCAGGCAAGGAUCCACCAAGUCUUCAACAUACUGGACCGGGAAGGAAGAAAAUGUUUUGGAUCGGCCGUCGUCGCAGCUGAGCUACCUCGAUCAAUUCCUGAAAGAGGCGCCGACGGAACGCCACUAUGAUAAUGUGCCGGUCAACAAUGAUGAAAAGAUGUCGCCGCAGUACCGAUACGGAAACGUACAGCAUUGUUGCAGUACGCAGUUGAUGUACGGCUCCCAGCAAUCGGCAGCGUUAAGCGGCUCCGUCGAGUCCCAGGACGAGAUGGAGGCGCGCGCCGCCACGCCCGCCUCAAGCAAGAGCUCGCCUAGCGAGAUGUCCACGGAUCCUUCAUUAGGCCCCGUGGUGCCGGGCAAGCAGAAGCUGCACCAGUUCCUAGUGCGGACGUUCAGCAGUCCCACCAAGUGCAACCACUGCACGUCGCUCAUGAUCGGUCUAACGCGGCAAGGCGUCGUCUGCGAGACGUGCGGCCUCGCGGUCCACACGGCGUGCUGCGCCCGCGUGGCGGCGCGCUGCCCGCUGCCCGCCGCGCGCUCCCGCCGCCCGCUCGGCAUCGACCCCGCCCGCGGCCAGGGCACCGCCUACGAGGGCUACGUCAAGGUACCAAAGCCGGGCGGCGUGAAGAAAGGCUGGAUGAGACAGUUUGUCGUUGUCUGCGAUUUCAAGCUCUUCCUCUAUGAUAUUACGCAGGACAGAAACGCGUUACCUUCAGUAUGCGUAAGUCAAGUACUGGACAUGCGCGACCCCGACUUCAGCGUGGCUUCCGUCAAGGACUCCGACGUCAUACAUGCCAAUAAGAGGGACAUACCGUGCAUAUUUAGGAUAUCAACCUCACAAUUGGAAGGAGGGAAGCGAUCUCAUACACUAAUGUUAGCGGAAUCAGAGUCUGAGAAGACGAAAUGGGUGGUCGCCCUAAGUGAACUACAUAGGAUAUUGAAGAGAAAUAAUCUGCCUGACAAAUGCGUAUACAGCGCAUGCGUGAUAGUGGACUCCGGCGCAGCGGCGGCGCUCCGCGGCGCGCAGUGCGCGGUCGUGCUGGAGGGCUCCCGCUUCUGCGUCGGCGGCGACGGCGGCCUGGCGCUCGUCGACCUGGAGCGCGCCGAGAUCACGCCCCGGCGGCAGCACGCGCCGGUCGCGCAGGCGGCGUACGUGCCUGAGGAGCAGCUGCUUGUUGUAAUAGCGGGUCGAGGUCGGCACGUGCGACUAGUCCCAGUGCGGGCUCUAGAAUGUUCCGAGGUGGAGUGCGUCAAGCUGGCGGAGUCCAAGGGCUGCGUGCUGCUCGCGGCGGGUCAGCUCAAGACCAACACGUAUGGGUUCGCCGUGGUGUGCAAGCGACAGAACGCGUACAUAGUGAACGUGUACGAGAUCACGCGCACGGCGGCGCGGCGCUGCCGCAUCGCGGAGCUGCGCGCGCCCGGCGCCGUGCACUCGGUGCAGCUGGUGCGCGGCCGCCUGCUGCUGGGCUACCGCGGCGGCUUCGCGGCGCACGCGCUGCCCGACCCGCGCCGGCCCUCGCACGACCAGCCCGCCGUCUCUCUAGUCCACCCCGAGAACCAAGUGAACCUCUUCCUGUCUCACUCCGGCGCGCGGCCGCUCGGCGCCGCCUGCGUGCCGAACAGCGCCGACACGUUACUGGUGUUCAACUCUCUCGCUCUAUACGUGGACCGAUGUGGACAUCGCGCUAGAGAUACAGAGCUCAUGUACACGCAGCAGCCCAGCCACCACGCGAUAAACGAAACGCACCUACUGAUAUUCACGACGACGCACAUUGACAUUUACGACAUCGAGAGUGGAGAGUGGGUUCAGACCAUCAAUAUACCGAACGCGCGGCCGCUAGACGAGCAAGGCUGGCUGUGCUGCGUGUCGGGCGGCGCCAGCAACGGCUUCCCCUUCGCGAGCGACGCCGGCCCCUUCAUCGUCUACCUGCGCCCGUUAAUGACACAGGGUCCCCUGAACGUGGAGCACGCGGCGCUAUGGGGCUCGACCAAACGGAGAUUCUCUGUGCGGGAGCAAUCACACCAAGCUAUCGAAGCACAUAACAGAUUAUCGGAGCGACGUUCGCGCUUGAUCUCGGCGCCGACAAACUUCGCACAUCUUUCUCACAUGGGCCCCGGCGACGGCAUCCGCUCGCAGCGCCUACUGGACUUGCCCACCACCGUGGAGACCGCCGACGACCACCAGCAGAUGUACAGUAGUCGAGAGAGCAGUAAGCGGACGUCGCCGCUCACGAUAUCGCACGGAACUGGCUCGUACAAUGGCUCGUGGCGCGCCGGGCGCGCGGGCCCGCCGCCGGACGCGCCGCCGUCGCCGCCGCUGUCGCUGUCGCACCGCCCCAUGGAGAGGUCAAUAGGCGGCGGCUCGCAGGGCAGCGGAUCAUUACUACUAGAGCGCUCCAUAACGCCGCUCAGCCUCGGCAGCAUGAGCUCUCUGCACGAUGUACUUAAGGCAAGUCAAUCACUGCAUAGUUAUGUAGCAUUUUAACACAAAAUACAGUACCAAUACUCUGUAUAUUUA